AUGGGUACUAAACGCCACCGUAUUACUAUCUUGUUUCUCCUUACAGUUACGGCGGUGAUGAUAACAGUGAAAGCAAGAGGCGAAUAUAGUUCACCGGAACAGUGUGACCUGUUCACCGGAACAUGGGUGGUGGACGAAUCGUAUCCGUUGUAUAAACCAGCCACGUGUCCGUUUAUAGAACGCGAGUUCAGGUGUGAAGCAAAUGGACGGCCUGAUCUGAUUUAUACACAUUACAGAUGGAAACCACUCUCCUGCAACUUACUCAGAUUCAACGGAGAAGAUUUUCUGGAGAGAAUGAGGGGAAAGAGCAUCAUGUUUGUGGGAGAUUCAUUAAGCAGAAACCAAUGGCAAUCUAUGACUUGUUUGCUUCAUUCUGCACUGCCUAAUUCUAAUUACACUGUUGCUAGAGUUGGAGAUGUUUCUAUAUUUACAUUUACGGAGUAUGAAGUGAAAGUGAUGCUAGAUAGAAACGUGUAUUUAGUGGAUGUUGUACGAGAGGAUAUAGGCAGAGUCUUGAAGCUAGAUUCCAUAGAAGGAAGCAAGCUAUGGAAUGGUGUUGACAUGCUUAUCUUUAACACAUGGCAUUGGUGGUACCGUAGAGGACCCACUCAACCAUGGGAUUAUAUUGAAGUAGGAGGUGAAGUUAUGAAAGAUAUGGAUAGAAUGAAGGCUUUUGAAAGAGCUCUCAUUACAUGGGCAGCAUGGGUAGAUGCCAACAUUGACCCUACAAAAGUAAGGGUCUUCUUCCAAGGCAUCUCUCCUUCUCAUUACAAUGGUACUCUAUGGAAUGAGCCAACUGCAAAGAGUUGUAUCCGAGAGAAGACACCGGUACCCGGAUCGACAUAUCCCGGGGGAUUGCCACCGGCUGUGGGUGUGUUGAAGAGUGUACUAAGCACAAUUAAGAAACCGGUCACAUUGCUAGACAUCACAACCCUUUCACUGCUUAGAAAAGAUGGACAUCCUUCCAUUUAUGGACUUUUUGGUUUAAAAGGAAUGGAUUGUAGCCAUUGGUGUCUCUCUGGUGUUCCAGAUUUUUGGAAUGAGAUACUCUACAACCUUAUUUAA